GAGCCGAGAAGAAAAAUGGCGACUGCAGGCGACCCAGAGCGGGACACCGGCCAUUCGGUUUGAGCUUUCCGCCCUUAAAUCGAGACCGGGGCUUGGCGGGGACCUUUCGGGAACUCUCGCAAGAUUGGUUGUUUUUUUCUCCCCCGUUUUCUCCGGGUUGCACGGACCAUUUAACCACCGAGAUUGAAACGGAACAGAAGAUACUCUCUCCUACAAUGAGGGGGAGAAGAGGAAGGCCGCCCAAACAGGCAGCCGUGAUGCGGGAAGGAUCACCCGGGCCAGUGCGCGGCUCCCGGGGAGGCAGAACCCGGGGGAUGCGUGGCCGUGGAAGAGGCAGGGGAAGGGGACGAGGACGGGGCGGAGGUGGCGGUGUUUGUGGUGGAGGCUCUGGCGAACUGGAGACAGAAAUCUCCGGUCGGGAUAACUUUCAUUCGUCCAGGGGCCGCAGGAAAGUUGGAAGCAGCACCGCGGCGGCGGCGGCGGCAUCGCGGGGCAGAGGAAGCAGAGGGAGAGGCAGGGGGUCGAGAGGCGGCCGCGGCGGCAGAGGAGGAGUGCGGCGGCCCCAAACCAAGGUGGUGUACGACGACAACAGCGACGAGGAGGAAGAUAAUCUAAGCUACAGGUCAGAGGAGGAUGAACUCCUGAACGAAAACCCCUCGUCGGAUCUUGAAGAGGAGGAGGCCUUGGGAAACGACUCUGACUAUCUGGAGGAAUUACCAGAUGAUGAUGAUGCCAGCUACUGCACCGAGAGCAGCUUUAGGAGCCACAGCACGCUCGGUAGCACCCCAGGCCGCAGAAGGAGUCGAGCAUUGCAACCCCAGUCUCCCAUCUUUGAGUCCAAGGACGUUCCUCAGCUGGAGCUCCCCAAGUCCUCUGACGACCUCCUGAUUCCUGCCUCACAGCUCCUCAAUGUGUCUGCCGUCUAUGAGGUCCUGCGCAACUUUGGCUCAGUGCUGCGCCUCUCUCCGUUUCGCUUUGAGGACUUCUGUGCAGCUUUGGCUGGCCAGGAGCAGUGCACGCUGCUGGCUGAGACCCACAUCUCCCUGCUCAAAGCCAUUCUUAGAGAGGAGGACACUUCCAACACCACAUUCGGUCCUGCUGACCUUAAGGACUCCGUCAACUCCACUCUGUAUUUUGUGGACGGCAUGACUUGGCCGGAGGUAGUGCGGGCGUACUGUGAGAGUGAUCCGGAGUACCGGCACAUCCUGCCUUGUCAGGAAGGAGAGGAAUACCCAUAUGAACCGCUGGAGAGUAAAAUCAAAGUCCUCCAGUUUCUGGUGGAUCAGUUCCUUGCGACCAACAUUGCCCGAGAGGAGCUGAUGUCGGAAGGGGUGGUCGCCUAUGAUGACCACUGCAGGGUGUGUCAUCGCCUUGGCGACUUGCUGUGCUGUGAGACAUGCUCAGCUGUCUACCAUUUGGAGUGUGUUAAACCACCAUUGCAGGAAGUACCAGAGGAUGAGUGGCAGUGUGAGGUGUGUGUGGCACACAAGGUACCUGGCGUGGCAGAUUGCAUACCUGAGGCUCAGAAGAGUCGCCCGUACAUCCGGCAACUGCCCAUCGGCUACGACCGGCACCAACGCAAAUACUGGUUCCUCAACCGCCGCAUUGUAGUUGAGGAGGAUGGUGAGCAGGAGGACAAAGCCAUCUGGUACUACAGCACCAAGGUCCAGCUGGCAGAGCUGAUAGACCACCUGGAUAAGGACUACUGGGAGACGGACCUGUACACAGCGCUGGAGGAGAUCAGGGAGGAGGUGCACACCCACAUGGACAUCACCGAGGACCUGACCAACAAGGUCCGCGGCAACAACAAGUGCUUCCUCACCGCUGCCAAUGAGGAGAUCCUGGAGCGGUUGCGGGCCAAGCAGGAGGAGGAGCUGGAGGAGGUGAAGAGACGGGCGGCCGAGGAGGCUCAGAGAGCCCGGAUAGAGAGGGAGAAGAAGGAGGUGGAUGUGGAGAAGGAAGGCGAACAAGCCAAGGUGAAGGAAGAAGGGCAACAGGAGGCCAAGGUCAAAGAUGUGGUGAAAGAGGAGGAGAAGGAGGCAAAGGAGGAGGUCAAGGAAGGGACCAAAGCUGCCUCACAGGAGGAGAAGGACGGCGUCAAACCUGGAGCUGUAGAGGCUCCACCCGCUGGUCAGGAGAGCAGUAGUGGCAGUGGCGUCUCAGAGGGACCUAAACUUCCAGCAGCCCCUGCUUCAGCACAGUCCGUCCCCACCGCUGAAAACUCGAGCCUGGCCAUGGGGGCUCCAAAGCCCCUGGCCUCUUCUGGAGAGGCUGGGAAAGAGGGACAAUCCAAUAUGGAAGUCAGUGACAGCACCGAAGCUGAGAAGCCUCUAUUGGAGGCUAACCCGACCAGUGGAGAGGGGGUCCCCAGCCUUAGCCAGCCCCCCCAUCCCGGCGAGGAGAACAGUAACAGCAGCACGGGAACUGGGCUCCCUCCCAGGGGGCCUGAACCCCCAGAUCUGGCCGACAAGUCCUCCCAGUCGUCCCUGGCCAGCUUAGAUGACACAGGGGACAGUAAAGAGCAAGCAAACGGUGAGGCGGCGGGGUCUGGCACCAAGAGGUCGUCAGCGACUCGCAUGGUGACCCGGCUUAGGAACCCGGACAGCAAACUGAGUCAGCUGAAGAGCCAGCAGGUGGCUGCUGCUGUGCACGAAGCCAACAAGGGCUUCAAGGAGGGCAAGGAGGUACUAGUAGUAAACGCACAAGGUGAUGUCACCCGUGUCAGCACACGCAGCACCAAGGAGGUGGUGAUGAAGGGAACCCUCAGCCACUUCUUCAAGCUAGGCCAGGAGGGGAAGUACCGUGUCUAUCACAACCAGUACAGCUCAAACGCCCUGGCCUUGAACAAGCACCAGCACCGAGAGGACCACGACAAGAGGCGGCACCUCUCUCACAAGUUCUGCAUGACGCCAGCAGGGGAAUUUAAGUGGAAUGGGUCUAUCCACGGGUCCAAGGUCCUGACCAUCUCCACGCUGAGACUCACCAUCAUCCAGCUGGAGAACAACGUGCCAGCGCCUUUUAUGCACCCUAACUGGGCCUCACACAGGACCAACUGGAUCAAAGCUGUUCAAAUGUGCAGUAAAGCCAGGGAGUUUGCCCUGGCGCUGGCCAUCCUGGAGUGUGCCAUCAAACCUGUGGCUAUGCUGCCGGUCUGGAAGGACUCACUGGGACACACCAGGUUACACCGCAUGACGUCCAUGGAGCGUGAGGAGAAAGAGAAGGUGAAGAAGAGGGAGAAGAAGCUGGAGGAUGAGGAGACAAUGCAGCAGGCAACCUGGGUCAAGUACACGUUCCCCAUUAAACACCAGGUGUGGAAGCAGAAAGGAGAGGAGUAUCGUGUGACGGGCUAUGGGGGCUGGAGUUGGAUCAGUAAGACUCAUGUGCAGCGGUUCGUCCCCAAGUUCCCUGGUAACACCAACGCCAACUACCGCAAAGAACUGGAAGAUGCCAAACUUGGCAAGAAAUGUACUCUGCUGGAUUUGAGUCGACGACCCAGUGUAGCAUCACAACAAGCUCAGGGAGCUGCCAUGAGUAGCACUGAGGAGAAAGAUGGAGAUUGCUCAGCCACUUCCAAGCCUUCAACAGAUCGUCUGUCUGAUGAGACGAUGGACAUGGCAAAGAAAGACGAGCUAGAUAAGAAAGAGAAGACUGAGGGACUCUCCACAGAUGAGUCAGUCGUGAAGAUGGAAGUGGACCCCACAGACUCAGGACCAGAUGAAGAGCAAGGGACCAGUAUUCUACAGGAAAAGGCUUCCUUGAAGGAAGAGCCUACUGUGGGCCAUCAGCGGCCAUUCAACUAUGACGUAGUGGACGUCAGCAAGGGCUUCCUCACCCGCAUCGCCUACAAGAAGAAGGUCAAGGCCUCCAAGCUGGACAGCCUGCUGGAGCGCCGAGUCAAGCAGCAUGCCCUGGAGGAGAGGCAGAGACUGCAGACCCUCGCUUCCAAACCCCAAGCUCCAGCCACUCCAGCCCCAGCUCCGGGUACCCCGGUCCGGCCACGGUCACCACUCCAGCCCCAGGCUCUAGCCCAGACAGUGGCUAAAGUGGAGGAGAAAUCUUCCACAUCACGGAUUCCUGGGCCAGGUGAAGCCAAAGAGGAGCCUGUACCAUCUAAAACUUCAGAUGGGACGUUUGUUCCUCGUGUUUCUUUACCUGUUCCAGACACUGCAUCCAAAGACCCUGCAGGUGGAGAUUCAACUUCACCACAAAACCAAACAGUGGCAAUGCCCCAGGAAUUGGAGGCAGACUUAGUGGAAAGGACUACAGGGCCCAAAGGAGAUAAUUCAUGCAGUUCAGGGCAAGAGGGUCUCAAGGUGCCUAGUGGUGUACAAGAAACAAUUGCACAAGGAAUUGACAACUCUUUGGAACAAAAAACAGCCUGUACACCAUCAGAUAUUAGCAAGCCUGCACAUACUGAAAAUGCAGGGUCUGAGUCAAGUAUCUUGAAAUUGGACCCAGUAAGGACACCCACAACCACUGUUGACCAGAAAUGCAGUCAGAACACACCUCUUCCUAAACCUGUUCAGCAAAGCUUAGAAACAGGCACAGAGGAAAAUGGCAAGGAGUCAAAGGAGCACCAAGAGGACAUGCAAGAUGUUGGACAGGGUAGAACUGGGGGAAUUAAUGCUCUUUCUACCCAGACUGUUCCCGUCCUCCCUCAGGUGAAUGGGAAAGAUGGCUUAGAAAGCGAAGUCAUCUUGACAAACUCUGUUGUGACACCAAACCAUGGUUCCCUCACCAACAGUACGCAGCCGAAGCUGAACAGCAUAGGUAAGGUUGAAGGGGAAAGUCUGGUUGUUACGUUGAAGGACAGCACACAACAAAAGCCCUUAAUGAACGGAGAUGUGGCCACUGUAAAUGAUAAGACAGUGGUUGGGGGCAAAGAACCAAGCCUUGCUCCUCGGGUAGAGGUGGAGGACAAGGUGAUGACAUUAGAAGAGGACUACCAGCCUACAGCAAAGGUGUCAAGACUGGAGAACAACAUAGAAGCACUUGAAGCAAAUUCUCAGAGCACUCUGCAGCACAACAGCACAUCACCGGUUCAGUCUGGGGAGACCAAAACUAAACCUGCGGUCAAGGUCAUCAGAAUGGCGCCGUCUCCGAUACCCUCAGCUGAGGAAUCUAGUUUGAGUGACGACUUUGCAGAGGAGAACAGCCACAGCGGCACAACAGAAGCACUCAGGACCAUUAUCACCCAGGUAUCAACAACCACCACCACCACCACGACAGUAGUUUCCACGGAGAGGCGGAUAGCCAUGGUGUCAUCAAAUGCCUCUGGAGACGUGACAGCUCCCACAUCCACUACGAUGUCAACAACAGAGAGCAGUGCGGUGUCCACUCUGACCACCAUGACCAAAACAACUGUGACCAAAGUCCGUUCGCCCACUCCUGACAGUCAGUUGGAAGACAGCCAGAGCGAAACAGUGAUGCAAGAGCACAAGAUGACUCUGUCGGCCUCCGUUAGUAAGUCAACCACAGACAGCAGCGGGAAAACCUCGGUGUCCUCUGUUGGGGUGAAUGAGGAGUACUGCUCUUCAACGAAGGGCAGGGUCCGCCUCCUCAAGUUUUCUCGCACCAAGAAGACGCGUUCGGACACAGCCCUGCCCUCGUACAGUAAAUUUGUCACGAAGAGCAACCGGAAAAGUAUUUUCGUGCUACCCGGUGAUGACUUGAAGGUGCUGGCGAGGCGAGGUGGAAUCCGUGAGGUGUCCAUCUUUAGCUACAAUGCCAAGCCAGCCCUGGAUAUCUGGCCAUAUCCUUCACCCAGGCCCACGUUUGGCAUCACAUGGAGGUAUCGUCUGCAGACGGUGAGGUCUUUGGCCGGCGUGAGUCUGAUGCUGAGGCUCCUGUGGGCCUGUUUGAGAUGGGACGACAUGGCCGUCAAACCCUCCGCUGCUGUUGGCACCACGCGCACAGAAACGUCAGACACUGAGAUCACCACCACCGAGAUCAUCAAGCGGCGCGACGUGGGGCCCUACGGGAUCCGCUCAGAGUACUGCAUCCGCAAGAUCAUCUGCCCCCUCGGGGUGCCUGAGACUCCUAAAGAAACCCACACCCCUCAGAGGAAGGGGCUGCGCUCCAGUGCCUUGCGGCCUAAGAAGCCCGAGCCCACCAAGCAGACUGGCCCAGUGGUGAUUGAGACCUGGGUAGCGGAGGAGGAGCUGGACCUCUGGGAGAUCAGAGCCUUCUCAGAGAGGGUGGAGAAAGAGAAAGCCCAGGCUGCAGAGCAGGCCAAGAAACGUAUGGAGCAGAAACCAGGCUCGGCUACCGCUACUCCGUCAGGGACCCCCGCCACGCCCGCCAGCACCCCCAAAGUCAUCGUCGGCUCUCUGUCAGGGCAGGUCACCCCCGGCACCAAGGUGGUCCUGACCACCAAGAUGGGAACCCCCGUCACAUUCCAGCAGAACAAGAACUUCCAGCAGUCGUUUGCUUCCUGGGUCAAGCAGGGUCAGACCACGCAAGGAGCGACAGGCACCGUCACCACUGUGGCAACAUCUGGCGGACAGACCUUCCAGAUCACGGGAACCUCAAUGGGGGGAAAAGUCCUGACCGCCAAGCUCCCGCUGCCCGCCAACAGCAAGAUCGUCACAGUCAAUGUGCCAACUACACAAGGAGGUGUGAUUCAGCAGAAGGUACUUGGUAUCAUCCCGUCUAGUACGGCCAGCGGUGCCCAGACCUACACCACAUUCCAGCCCCGAACCACCACCCUCAACAUCAGGCCCAACGCCCCAGGCUCCCAGCAGCAGGUUCUGGCGGCUGGUGGCCAGAUCCGUCCAGGGAUGACGGUGAUCCGAACCCCGAUUCAGCAGGCAGGAUCUCUGGGCAAGACGAUACUCCGAACACCUCUUGUGGUCCAGCAAGGUCAGGGUGGACAGCAGGUGGUGACCCAGCUCAUCCGAGGCCAGGCUGUUUCCACGACGAUUUCUGGUGCCAGCCCUGCCACCACGGUCGCUGGCCAGGGGGCAGCCAGCCCCACCACACCGGGCCAGACCCCGGGCCAGACAACGCCCGGCACGCCACGGGCACAGCAGGGCCAAAGCCAGGUGAAACUCACCCUGGCACAGCUCACCCAGCUCACGCAGAAGCAGCAGCAGCAGUCGGCGGUGGACCGGCAGGCCGGCAGCGGGGGCAACAGUGGUGUUGGCGGUCCCCAGCAGGGUCUGACUGUGAUGAUCCAGGGCCAGGGUCAGACCACUGGCCAGCUGCAGGUCAUCCCUCAGGGUGUCACCGUCAUCCCAGGACCCGGCCAGCAGCUCAUGCAGGCGGCGCUGCCCAACGGCCAGGUCCAACGCUUCCUCUUCACCCCCAUGCCCUCUGCCGCCACGCCCACUUCGAGCACAGCCACUGCAGUCCCAGGCCAGCCUCACCCUUCCACCUCCACCAAAACCCCGGCUCAGCAGGCCGCCGCCCCCGUCCAGGCAGGGGCAGCCCCCCUGGCCGCCACCAGCACUCCUCCCUCUGCCACGCCGCAGGGCCAGUUACCACCUCAGACGCAGGCACACAUGCCCAUCCAGUCUCCCACCCCGCUGCAGGUGAAGACGCAGGGCGGCGCUGCCCAGCUGCAGCUCCAGCAGUCGCCACAGCUCAUCAGCAUGUCUGGGCUGCAGCAGCAGGUGCAGGUGUUGGCCCAGCUGCAGGCCCAGCAGGGGCCUGGUGGAGGCUCUCUGCCCCAGCACAUCAAACUGCAGCUGCCCAUCCAGAUACAACAGCCUGGGACCACCUCAGCUCAGGGAGGACAGAUGGGGAACGUGGUGACCAUCCAGACGGCCUCUGUGCAGGAGCAGCUGCAGAGGAUCCAGCAGCUCAGGGAGCAGCAGCAGCAGAAGAAGAGACAAGCUGCCGAGGCCAAGAGAGAGCAGGCCCUGAACGCAGCCAGCCAGAGCGACAUCAUCCAGAAACAGGUGGUGAUGAAACAAAACGCUGUGAUCGAGCACUUGAAGCAGAAGAAGACCAUGACGCCUGCGGAGAGAGAGGAGAAUCAGAGGAUGAUCGUGUGCAACCAGGUGAUGAAGUACAUCCUGGACCGGAUAGACAAGGACGAGAGGCAGGCGGCCAAGAGGAGGAAGAAGGAGGAGGUGGUGGAGCAGAAGAGGAGAACGGCCAACGCCACCAAGCUCUCCUCGCUCCUCUACCGGCACAAGGAGAGCCUCAAGACGGAGAUCCUGAAGAAACGGGCCCUGCUCGACAAGGAGCUGCAGCUAGAGGCCCAGGAGGAGCUGAAGCGGGACCUGCUGAGGUUGCAGCGAGAGAAGGAGAGGGCCCAGGCCGCAGCCCACCAGGCCGCCCAGGCAGCCGCCGCAGCCCAGCAGCAACAUGCCCUGGCACACGCACACACCACAUCUCACCACCACCUCACCGCCACCAGCGCCCACAAGAGGAAACGGGAAGAAGAGCGGGAGACGACGACGACGACGUCGGCCAAGUCCAAGAAGAAGAAGAUGAUCUCGACGACGAGCACCAAGGAGAGCAGGAAGGAUACCAAGCUGUACUGCAUCUGCAAGACGCCCUACGACGAGACCAAGUUUUAUAUCGGCUGCGAUCUGUGUACCAACUGGUACCAUGGCGACUGUGUGGGCAUCACAGAGAAGGAGGCCAAGAAGAUGGACGACUACAUCUGUGUCGAGUGUAAACGGGGCCAGGAGGGCAACACAGAGGAGCUCUACUGCAUCUGUCAAACGCCUUACGAUGAGUCCCAGUUCUACAUCGGCUGUGACCGGUGCCAGAACUGGUACCACGGUCGCUGUGUGGGCAUCCUGCAGAGUGAGGCCAACCACAUCGACGAGUACGUGUGCCCGCAGUGCCAGUCGACAGAGGACGCCAUGACGGUCCUCACCCCGCUCACUGAUAAGGACUUCGAGGGCCUGAGGAGGAUCCUGCGCUCCUUACAGGCACAUAAAAUGGCGUGGCCAUUCCUGGAGCCGGUGGAUACAAAUGACGCCCCAGACUACUACCGGGUUAUCAAGGAACCAAUGGACCUUUCCACCAUGGAGGAGAGAUUGCAGAAGCGCAAGUACGUCAAGCUGACAGAGUUUGUUGCGGACAUGACCAAAAUCUUCGACAACUGCCGCUACUACAACCCGAGCGACUCGCCCUUCUACCAGUGUGCGGAGGUGCUGGAGAACUUCUUUGUCCAGAAGCUCAAAGGCUUCAAAGCCAGCAGGUCUCAUAACAACAAACUACAAUCAGCAGCCUCUUAGCUCCCUUCUAAAAACUAAGUGUCUAAACGGCACCCUUGUGGUUUCCUCUGAAUGAUUAAGCCCGGUGGUCCGAGUCGGGCUGCAUCUGAACCUGAACACACACACAGCCCUCUCUGGAGGAGAGCGCGCUCCCGGCUGAAAAGCAGCUCGCACCGGCGUUAAAGUAAAGCUCAGCGACAACUGGCAUCCUGGCUGGACAAGCGCCCACCCUCCGUCACCCUCCAUCGCCGCGCUCACGGGAGACUCCUGAAUUGAAAAGCCCCUUUUUAUCCAAAGUGUCAGCAGGACGCGACCGCAGACGUCCCCCACCUACAGAAAAGGGGCGGGGCAGCCACGGACUCCGCUUUGCAGCCUGUUUCAUUCUGACCAACCCUCCCUACUGUUGCAACCCUUCCUAUUAGGCAAGACGCUCCAGACUGGAGGGGAGAAGGCAGUUUAUGAAGACAAAAAGCCGGCCGGUUGGGCGUUGAGCGGCAGCGGCAGACUCUUGAUGAGUUGGGUUCAUUUUGUAGCCGAUCACUACUUUUGUGUGUCCUUUUCUGACAAAGUCUCAGCUCUCCUCUUCCCAAAGUGCAGGUUUUCAUGACUCAUGCAAACACACCAGUGAGCCUGGUUCAUGCUUCUCAUGCAAAGCAGACACGACCGAGUGUGCAGAGAGGAACCUCUGACCUGAAAAGCACUCGGGAGAGGCCUGGAGCUUUCAGGAGCUCAUGAGAAGCCCGCGAAGCUUGGGGGCCGGCGUGCACGUCUCCUGCGUCUGCGUGUCUUGCCACACAGGAAGCAUGAACCAAGCGUUGGAAACCCACCUGGUGGCAUCCACAAACUGAAUGUGUCCGUCAGCAUUACACAUCACUGUAAUGUUCCCCCGUCAUUGGUACUGCUGAAACGCUCCAUUUGUAAUUAAAGCUACACUAUUUUUCUGAAAGUUGGAACCGUUGAGUAUUUUCCGUCGUGUGGCCAUCACCGUGUAUGGGAGUAAACAGAGCCGAGGGAAACCGCGGUCUCAUUUACUCUCGUUCUGAGUAACUCAAGGGUCUUCAUUGUGUCUGACGGCCACAUUACAUUACCUUACUGUAAAUUUCCAGAGGGAAACACACGGGACAGGCCACUCAUCAUCCGCCCACCCAACCCCUUUGUCUGCCUGUUUGUUGUUUGUUUGUUGUUUGUUUGUUUUUUUACAUUGGACUUUCAUCUGUGAUGCAAGUGGAGAACGAGCUCUGACGGGGAAUGUGGGCAGCCCUCCUUUCCUUUCCUUGGGACGUCAGCUUGACCUUUUGAGGGAGGUCAAGGGAACGUUGCAAGGAAAGGAAGCCAAGCUGAAUACGGCCUUAGGGGGUGGUGAAACUUGUAAAGGGCCUUAUAAACCCAAAUGUAUUAAGCUAUCCCCAGCAUCCUCCUCCUGCGUACACACACUUAUCCUGUCAAAGCUCUGUCUUUCUUUUUUCCGUCGAUGGCUGUCUGUGUCUGUACGUGGGUAUCUCUCCGCCUAUCUAACAGCCGUGUCUGCCCACAUAUUUCAUUGAAGCUGACAGGUUGGCUCACAUGUAUCUCUCAACUCGAAAGAACUCGCCCUCAAAGCAUGGCUCGGUAAUUGGAUAAUAGAUUUUUCCACUCAGCAUCAACUCAGUUAUGUUGCGGUCUGCGGUAGCAUGUCUGGGAGUAAACUUUGCGUGGGGAUCGCGGAAUAUUUAUACCAUGGGGUUUGUAUAAAAGUUUUAUAGCAGCAUUUUUAGCGUAUUUGGGAACAUUUUUCUAAUCUGUGAUCAUAUCAUUGCUGUUUUUGAGGAAGGAAGCAAUUCUAAAAAAGCAAUUACAGUUUUUUGUGUGUGUGUGUGUGUGUGUGUGUGUGUCUAAGUAGAGCUGUGGGCAGUCACAAAAUUAAAAAUUAGGCAAAAAGUAAAAGUUUAAGGUUCAAUAGUCAAGUUUUUCUUUGUGGAUAAACAGGGUUGAGAGAUUAUGUGACAUCUGUCGCCUUUUUCCACCCUCCACUGUCCUUUGUUUCCUCUAUAACCUGAUGAUGAUGAUGAUGAUGAUGAUGAUGUGUGCUUUGUCCACUAUUUAUAAUCUAUUGUAUAUUAUGGCUGUCCAUAUAUGAAGAGAUGAGAGAUUUUUAGAGCAGUAGAAACUUUUAUUUUUCAAUCUUUGAACCAGCAGCUAAGCCCGCUUGUAUAUUUUAACUAUUUUUUUUUCUCUUUAAUUGAAGUGAACUCUACAUUUAGGUGAUAUUGCCCUUUAUAUUAAAAGUGCUGCAUAUUGUGUCCAUAAUGGUUUUGAAUGGGGUAGGGAGUGACACAGUAACUCUUGUAAAGUUUUUUUUUUUUUUUUUUUUUUUUGUAAGAAACCAACCAGUUCAGUAUAACUUCUAUAUUGACAUUACAUUUCUUGUAUUAUUUAUUCAUAUCAAUGAAAACUUUUUUUUUUUUUUUUUUUUUUUUUUUUUUUUGGAGUAAUGUUGGAGAAACGUAUCCGGGGCUAAAAGUACUCUCUAUGUUUUUAACAGAUUGUGGCGACUCCGAAGAGAUUCUCUUUUGUACUUGAUAGGACAUUUCAUCCUAGAUAAUAAAGUAAUGUUUUUGACACCA